AUGCCUGCGAGGCUAAGCAGGUCAGACAUGUUCUACAUUUGGAUGGCCCGCAUCAUUGGGCUCACCAUCAGCUGCAUGAUCAUGUGGGAUCAGGGCCUGAUCAGCGUCACCAGCACUUUUACCGAAAUGGUCAAUGCCAACAAGUUUACGAUCAUCGACAUUGAGGGCUUUGGCUUGCAUUCCAAGGCAUUGAAAACAAUUCAGCUCAUGGGCGGAAGCCUCGCAAUUCUAAGCGGCGUUAAGUCACGUCAGGCCAUCCAGCAAGAGGUGGAAGAGCGAACGUCCUGGCUCCCCAAUGCUUAG